UAGAGGCGGGGCGGGGCGGGGCGGGGCUCGGCUCUCGUGCGGCCAACCAAGAGGCGGCGCGGUCGAAACCAAUCAGAGAGCGGGGGGCGGCAAGAUGGCGGCUGCGGAGUGAGGGGACUUGUAUUCAUGGUCUCUGGGGCUUUAAUGAGCUUUUAAUGCGGAGAAUGUCGUGCAGGGGUUUCCUGAGGUUGCUGGCAUCACCUUUGAGAUGGAGUAUCAAUCCUUUCCCUCUUGCCUUUGUACCAGGGAGAUGGCCAUUAACCCAAGCUCUGGGCCAGCUGGAAACCCGCACCAUGGCCACCCUCAACCAGAUCCACCGUAAGGGCAAGCCAAAGUUUCCCCCACUCAAACUUGGCCCCACCUUUGGCAACCCCCAGCUCAAGGGAGUGGUCCUCAAGACCAUGAUUCGCAAGCCCAAGAAGCCCAACUCUGCCAACAGAAAGUGUGCCCGGGUGCGGCUCAGCAACGGCAAGGAGGUGGUCUGCUUCAUUCCCGGAGAAGGUCACAACUUGCAGGAGCACAGUAUUGUGCUGGUGGAAGGUGGAAGGACACAGGACUUGCCGGGGGUGAAGCUCAAAAUAGUGCGUGGGAAAUAUGACUGCGCCCAUGUUCAGAAGAAGAAAUAAGCGCCUCGGCGCUGAGAGGUGUCGUGGGAUUGUAAAGUUCCCUGCUUAGCAGGAAAGGAGUUUUAGUCACGUCUGCAUUUGUAUCAUGGCAGAUAUCCUCCAGAGACAUUACUACUGGCUCUGUACUGUUGUGAAGUAUUUACAUGCAGACCAUGCUCAUUAAAUUCUAACUCAUCUCUGAGAGACAGGA